AUGGAGCUCCCACUAGACAUCAUGUUUGAUAUCUUUAGUCGUUUGCCUAUUGAAAAGGUUUUAGAAUCCAAAUUAGUUUCCAAAAAUUGGAGAGAUGUUGUUCUUCAUCCAUCCUUCUCUCAAAAGCAUUUAAAUCGUCUCCGUUCUUCUGAAGAUUCAGGUAAUUUGGGUUUUCUUUUCACUGACUAUACAAAUUCUGAUUCCAAAGAAUUCUAUUAUGUUGAAUACGAUGAGAAUAAUGAGACACCCAUUAUUAGCAAUAGAAGGAUCAACAUACCCACUGAAUUGAAAUCUUAUACUGUUGUUGGUAGCUAUAAUGGGUUGAUUUGUAUUUACGAGCUUAGUUCGAUUAUUAUUUGUAACCCCAUUACUAGAGAAUAUGUUUAUCUUCCAAGGUUGAAUUGUUAUUUCUUUUUGCGUUGUGGUUUUGGUUACCUUGUUUCAACUAAUGAGUACAAAGUUGUUAGAGUAUAUGAGUUACCGGGAGAACCCAGUUCUGUACAAGUCGAGGUAUACACUCUUGGCAGUGGCAAUGGUUGGAGAAAUGUUGGAAAACUUAACUCUGAAUAUGGCUUACUUUGUGACCAAGUAGGUGUAUUCUUAAAUGGAGCUCUUCAUUGGGCAGUCAGUGGGAAACGAAUAAUUGUGGCCUUCGAUUUGGCUGAUGAAACGUUUUCGUGA